AAAAAGUAAACACCCUCACCAUCAGCUGCGGAGAUGCACUGAACCGACCAGCACUCCAGUCCAAUAUUAUAAUAUUAUAUAAGCUUGCAUCGCCCCUCUUCCCAGAUCCACACGGAAUUAUACAAAUAUCUCCACUCCGCUCUCCCUCCUCCUCCACCGUUGCAGCCCAAAAAUGGAUGACAACUCUGAAAUCCUCACCGAGUUCGUUCUCCGCGUCUACAAGGACGGCCACGUCCCCCGCCUCGUGGGCACCGACACCCUCCCGGCCGGCCUCGCCCCUCCCGGGGUCACCUCCAAAGACGUCGCCAUCAACUCCGACGUCUCCGCCCGCCUCUACCUCCCCAAAACCGCGACACCCCAGAAGCUCCCGAUCCUCGUCUACAUCCACGGCGGCGGCUUCAUGAUCGAGUCCCCUUCUCCCUUCCUACCACCCCACCUCAACUCCCUCGUCUCCCAAGCCAACAUCGUUGCCUCUCCGUCCAUUCGGCCUCGCCCCGAGCACCGCCUCCCCGCCGCCUACGACGACUCCUGGGCCGCUCUCCAGUGGGCCGUCUCUCCCGACGCGGAUCCGUGGUUGACCCAGUUCGGAGACACGGGUCGCGUGUUCGUCGCAGGCGACAGCGCGGGCGCAAACAUAGCCCAUGUGGCCAUGCGAGCCGAUAAAUCGAAGGAAGGGAUGAUCUUGAUCCACCCGUACUUUUGGGGGACCGAGCCGAUUGGAUCCGAAGUCGCGAGAGACCCGAAGGAGAGGAAGUUCUAUGAGGAUGUUUGGAAGUUUGUGAACUCAGGAGGGGCGCAUGCGGACGAUCCGAUGGUUAAUGUGAUGGCGGAGAAUGCGCCGAGCUUGAAGGGGUUGCCGUGCGAGAGGGUGAUGGUGGCGGUGGCCGGAAAGGAUGCGUUGGUGGAGAGGGGGAGGGCGUAUUACCAGGCCCUGAAGGGGAGCGGGUGGGGAGGGGAGGUGGAGCUGGUGGAUAUCGAGGAUGUGGAGCACUGCUUCCAUUUGAAGAACCCGGAGGUGGAUGAGGCCAUGGGGUUAAUAGAGAAGAUGGCUGCUUUCUUUGCAAAAUAAACGGUAGUUUUAAAUCGCUACUUUUUCAGAUAAUAAGUAUGUGAUCCUAGGGAUUUGCUUGAUAUGCGCAGCGUGAGGAAAACGGUUCGUGUUUGGAUUAUAUGUAUGGCUUGAAUAUUGGGGAGUGAGAAAUCUCUUUUAUUAGUUUGAAGUUGAAAUGUACGUGUUGUGUUGAUUGAGAAGCUUGCUUUCAAAUUAGCUAGUAGCGAAGAA